ACAUGCCUGAACUAACACCGGUCCAACAAUACUACAAAGGCAAAACCGUGUUUAUCACUGGUGCCUCCGGCUUUAUGGGCAAAGUGCUAUUGGAAAAACUUUUAUAUUCUUGCUAUGAACUGAAGGAGAUUAUUAUUAUUUGUCGUGCCAAGCGUGGCAAGACACCUGAACAACGUUUGGAGGAUAUGUGGAAAUUGCCGAUUUUCCAACGCAUCAAGGAUGAACGCCCUGAAGUUUUGAAAAAGGUCACCAUGUACACCGGUGACAUUACCCUCGAAUUGUUGGGUCUCUCGGAGGAGAAUUUGAAACAUGUCACCGAAAAUACCAAUAUCGUUUUCCACAUGGCUGCCACAUUGAAACUGGAAGGUAAUCUCACCGAUGCCGUGAACAUGAAUUUGGCCGGUACCCGUCGUGCCAUUGAUGUCGCACGUAAAAUGAAAAAUUUGGAGGCAUUCGUACAUCUUUCCACCGCUUUCUGUAAUUGCGAUCAAGAAGUUAUGUACGAAAAGGUCUAUGAUUUCCCACAUAAACCCGAAGAGUUGAUGCGUAUGGCCGAAUGGAUGGAUGUGCCCACUAUGGAUGCUGUAACACCAAAAUUAUUGCCACCCCACCCUAAUACCUAUACGUAUACUAAACGUUUGGCGGAAAUCUAUGUUCGUGAUCAGUAUGAGACAUUGCCGGUGAUUAUUGCACGCCCCAGUAUUGUAUCACCAGCUGCCUAUGAACCAUUACCCGGUUGGGUGGAUAAUUUGAAUGGCCCCACUGGUCUUAUGAUCGGUUGUGGUAAGGGUGUCAUUCGUUCCGUUUUGGUCGAUAAGAAAAACAAAUCGGAACUUAUUCCAGUGGAUUAUGCCAUUAAUGGUUUAGUUGUUAUACCCUAUGAAUUCAACAAGGGUAAGAGACCCGAAGAAAUCCCCGUCUAUAACAUCACCAAUGCUGAGCAUCGUAAAAAGGCCAUUGGUGAUAUCAUUGAAAUGAGCAAACGUGUCAAUGAAGCCUAUCCCUUGAAUGCUGGCCUUUGGUAUCCAGAUCCCUGCCUUACCACCAAUAAAUUCUAUCAUAAAUUCAAUACCAUAUUCUUCCAUUGGUUGCCGGCCUAUUUCAUUGAUUUCCUGCUGUUGAUAUUCGGUCAAAAGAGAUUCAUGGUCCGUGUCCAUCAAAAGAUCGCUACUGGCUUGGAAGUUUUGCAAUUCUUUACCCUCAACCCCUGGUGCUUCAAAUCAGAUAGAUAUGCGUCACUGUGGACCAAUUUAACGCCAAAGGAUAAGGAAAUCUUCAACAUGAACAUGGAUCCCGUUCACACGGAGGAAGAAUACAUGAUCAGCUGUGCAAAGGGUGGUCGUCUUUUCAUACUCAAAGAAAAGCCCGAGCACCAAGCCAGAGCUAGAAUUCAUUUGAAACUCAUGUAUGUCCUUGAUCGCGUCUGCAAGACCAUCAUUGUAUAUUUCUUCUUUAAAUAUCUAUUGAAAUGGACUGGAGUUUUAGAUCUCUUCUAA